CCCUACAAGCAGGCAGGGCCAUGGGAAACACAUUGCGCAAGCUCCGACUUCUAAGGAACAUGGGAAGUGUAGUCCUUAUUGGAGGAUGAAGGGAGAUGACGGACGCUCUGCACAGGGGCACACCCACGAGGCGGCGUUGUUCAUGGCAGCAGCAUCAUGCGUUCAUCUGGGCUCUAAAAGCGGCUGUAAACUCGACUCGACCGGUGCCUGUGUGUAUCACAGGGGGAGAUCACACAUCCUAUCGAUGGUUGUCUGGAGGAUAAGAAAUGCGCACAAAAGGAAAUAUGCACUCAUAUGCCUGUGCAUUGUCGGCUUCAUCAUGUACAGAUAUCUUGGCAUGCCAGCAGGGGGACGGAGAAUGAGCAGGAAGGUGGGUCUGAGUGCCAACUCGUCCCAGUUCACCCUGGGGGGGGAGCCCUUCCGCAUCCUCGGGGGGUCCGUCCACUAUUUCCGUGUACCCAGGGCCUACUGGAGGGACCGCCUGAUGAAAAUGAAGGCCUGCGGCAUCAACACCCUCACUACGUACGUGCCGUGGAGUCUGCACGAGCCAGAGAGAGGGGUUUUCAACUUCCACACACAGCUGGAUUUAAUAGCCUAUAUCAAUCUUGCUGCUGAAUUGGGAUUGUGGGUGAUUUUACGCCCAGGCCCAUACAUUUCCUCUGAGCUGGACCUAGGAGGACUGCCAAGCUGGCUCCUCCGUGAUGGCAGCAUGAGACUGAGGACGACUCACCCAGGCUUUGCUCAGGCCGUCAAUGCUUUUUUUGACAAACUUAUACCAAAAGUGGUUCCACUGCAGUUCAAGAAAGGAGGUCCCAUUAUUGCAGUGCAGGUGGAAAACGAGUAUGGAUCCUUUGCAAAGGAUGACAGUUACAUGCUGUUUAUUAAAGAGGCCUUAGAGUCCAGAGGGAUCAGCGAGCUCUUGCUCACGUCAGACAACCACAACACAGUAAAGUCGGGGGGUGUGGACGGAGCCAUCAGAUCAUUGAAGCUGCAGAAGCUUAAUCAGAGAGACAUCCAGGAUCUGAAUGCUAUCCAGCCCAACAGCCCCAUCCUGGUGAUGGACUACUGGACUGGAUGGUAUGAUGUGUGGGGUGACCUCCACCAUGUGCUUCCCCCAGAGGAUAUGGUGUCCACCGUGAGAGAAAUCCUGAGGCGAGGCAUGUCUGUUAACCUCUACAUGUUCCACGGAGGCUCCAGUUUUGGCUGUUCGGGGCGGGUGGCAGCAGAUGAUAGUUAAUCUGUUACACUAUGAUGAUUUUCAGAUUAUGACGCUCCCUUGUCUGAAGCUGGGGAGUACACUCCAAAGUACCACCUCCUUAGGGAUUUGCUUUCUCGAUACAACAGUGGAAACGGUUUCCCUGACAUGCCAGCCCUGCAUUACAGGGAGGCUUAUGAACCAGCUAUCAUGUACCAGCAUCUGUCGUUAUGGGAUGCUUUGAGCUUCACUGAGGGGCCAAUUAAGUCACUAAAGCCAUUAAGCAUGGAGAAUCUGCCUGUGAACAACAGGAAUGGCCAGUCCUAUGGAUACACGCUGUAUGAGACUACCAUCACCAGUGGAGGAUCAUUGAAGUCGGGAGACAGUGUCCGAGACCGCGCCCUAGUGUUUGUCGACAGAAGCUACAUUGGUCUUUUCAAGCGCCAAAGCCUGGAGCUGGCGGUUCCAGAUGGUAAGGGACAGCGUACCUUAAGUUUAUUGGUGGAAAACUGUGGACGAGUUCACCAUGGAAGGGACCUUGACAAACAGCAUAAAGGCCUCGUGGGAGACAUUUUAUUAAACAAUAUCCCCUUGCGGGAUUUUAUAAUCUACAGCCUGGAUAUGAAACCCAGCUUUAUUGAUAGUCUUUAUCAGGCACCUUGGAAAACUCUCCCUGAAACUCCGAGCUUCCCUGGAUUUUUCAUGGGGAGGAUGUUUGCAUACGGGUAUCCGAGUGACACAUUUAUGAGGCUGCCAGGCUGGGAGAAAGGUGUUGUGUUUAUCAAUGGGCUGAAUCUGGGCCGCUACUGGUCAAUUGGUCCCCAGCAGGCUCUCUAUCUCCCCGGCCCCUUUCUCAAUAGUGGACAUAAUCAGGUCAUUGUGUUUGAAGAGCAGGAGGGUGACUACAAGGUCCAAUUUGAGGACACUCAUGAUCUUGGCAUGGCAGCAGACAUCCAGUGACUGUCAUCACCUCUACUGACAUAGAUUUACAAAGCGCUUGUAACAUCAGGUCAAAACUUCAAAUUCAGGGAUAGCAAUAUUGUUAAUAUCAUGGUCAUUGUAUGAUAUAAUACCUUAAAAUCUUCAUACAUACACACAGACCAAUAUGAAAAACAAAGACAGGCAUGUUUGUAUGGGAGCAGUUUAUAGCUAUAUACAUACAGUACCUUUAGUUACAGUGACUCUUUACACAUAGAGCGCAAUUACCAAGUAUAUUCUCUUCCCCAUAGAUUUUCUCUUGAGAUCCUGCUUGGGGAUGGCAGUUAUAGUUGAUAUUGUUGUUAGAUUUGUAUUGCUUGUGUGAAUAUUCUGCAUAAUGCAGUUAUUGAAAUGGACACGUAAAACAAAAACCAGGCUUAUGGGACAAUCUGAUCUUAGGCAGGAGUGUUUCACAUGAAACACAAGCAGCAUUGUAGCAAAUUCAGACCAUUAUCUUUGAGUGAAAGUGCAAGGUUUCAGAUGCCUGACACGUCGAUAACUGAGAAAAUUCCUAACAGCAACAGACUCUGGGAACAUUAGCAUUUGUAAGCAGUGCCACUGCAAGUCAAUGGGGUAUGAAAUCAUCACUUGCAAGCCAGCCAUCCAUGGUGGAAAUAAUUAGGUUGUGUAAUACAGCAUACAGCACAUAUGAAAGGAUGCACAUCCAAUUUUUUGAGAAUUGGCUUCAUAUCCCAUUUACUCGCACAUGCAUAGCUCACGACUAACAAGUGAACGGUACCACCAGCUACUCUGAAACAAUAAAUAACUCUGCGUAGAAACCUUCCGUUCACUCAGUGGGAUCUUAAUUAGCUUACAAAGAUGUCUGUGAAGUAGACAGGGCCCUAGGGAUACUGAAUCUUCUCUUAAAUGUGAGUAGACCUCAGUAGUGUUACAGCAUAACAGGAAUAAACGAGCUUGGAGUAAAUGACUGUAAGAGAGGACAUUGCUGUUAAAAUGUAAUAAAUCAUUGCUCCGUGUUUUUUUUUUGAGUGCAUGUGUGUCCGUGUGCUCACCAUGUGCAGUGUGACAGCUGAGAAUGUGUGUAAAGGAGUUACAAGACCUCCAAAUUAAUGCUGGGUCCGGGGGGCUAUCUAAAUAGCUCAGUGUUGUACAGUACAAGUGGGGAGGGCUCAGAUCCCCUCAGUGCAGUCUGUCAGUCAGUGCUGACUCACGUAAGACAAGGGCCCCUUUUAUUCCUCUGUGCAGCCCUGUGCCGGACAGCACUUUCAGAACAAAAGGGCCCUAUUUAAUGCUGAUUGGAUGGUUGGCUGGCUGGUGUUGUCUGCGCUCAGAGGGCUCUUUAUUGCGUGCAGUGCCAUCUCUUCCUGCAGUUUAAAUCGCGUAUCAUCCUUUGUCUCAGCCCUCCGAGGAGACCUCAGUGGGCAAGCUCCUUUUGGCAACUCUCACCAGUGUCUCGCAUUAGCCAGUGCUCUGAGCAGAACGGGGCGGCUGGCUUUUGUGCAGUUGUGCUUUGAUACUCUGUAGUCCGUUCAAGCACAUGGCUUGUGCUGCCUCCUGGGGUGGACAGGUGUGCCUCCAUUUCAAAGCGGUGGUGAAGUGCACCCUACUGUGCUGUGAUAAUAUUUCUGACCCUGGCUGUUGCUAAUUAAGGAGCUCUGAGGUUGGUUUGAAUCCAGGUAGAAUCCAAAUGGAGAAAUGCCCCUAAAAAGGACAGACAACAAGGAAACAAGACCCAUGUUAGAAGCAGCGCUUUUAUGAGUCUACAGCCACGCUGUUGUGCCUUAGUGCAGCCUCUGUGAGCUAAAAGCUAACUUCAGCACGCUCACAAUGACAAUGCUAACAUGCUAAUGCUAAGUAGGCAUAUUGUUUACCAUGCUCAUCAUCUUAGUUUAUUAGCACAUUUGCAUGCAACAUAUGCUAGUUAGCACUAACCAAGUAAACUGAGGCUAUUUGGAAUAUAAUUAGUUUUGCAGGUAUUUGGUCACAAACCAAAGUAUUGGACAAAUUCAAAUUUUGACGUGAUGAUGGCUAUGAUUUUGACUAAGGGAAAAAUACGAAGAUCACCAUAGUCAUAAGAUGUAUUCUCUGGGGACCAUGAACAUCUGCACAAAAUAUUCUGUUUACAUCUGUAUAUAUUUAAUACCCUCAUUAUGCAUAUACAUUUACUACAUUCCUGUUUACACUAUAUUCAUCGCAUCUACUGUCUACUUUAUAAUACUUUAUUCUUUAUAUUAUUAUGUUAUAUUUUCAGUUUUUUAACUUGCACUACCUUGUGUUAGAUACUCAUAUUGUUGUUACUUGUGUGAUUUUCCUUUUCUUUCUGAUACAUGUUUUAUUAGUAUUGUUGGAGGGUGCCUGGUGCCUACAAUAUUCUUGUCAAUGACUUCCUGUUAUUGUUGUGUACAUGAUAAAUAAAGACCUUGAACCAUGAAAUGAAA